CACGUGGUGUCUCAUAGCUGCCCUCGGAACCCUCUGACCUGCAACGCCUGGAGAUAGGCAACCCAUGCGAUAGCUGGAGGGUUGCCUGCCUUCACGGCGCUAACUUCAAACUUCAGUUUCGGGGGUCGCAGCACAUGCCUGUCGCGUCAGUCCUUUCCAAUCCUUGCGAAAACUUUUUAACGUGUGAGUUAAUUGCAGCAUUUGGCACUCUUUCCCCCCUUGUUCUUCGGCUGGUUUACACCGUAAGGAAUUGAAGGUAAAGGUGCUGGCAGCCUUGCCGGCGGACGCACCUGCCAAGCGUGUGGGGUGGGGGUAGGGAUAACGCCUAGGCUAAGGGGAAGGUUCGAGGCGAUAGAAGAUAGGGAUGACUGCCAGGGGACAGAGGAUGGCUGCAGGAUCAUGGCCAGAGCCAGGGCGGCCAGGGCGAGGCCCACGUCAGAAGCCGUCCGUCCGGCGUCGAGAAGAGUUGGGGCUCUCAAGAGUCAAACAGAGCAAGCGUUUUAUGCAUGAAACAGACCGCGUUGCUUCUGGUUUCUCUGUUGGUCUCUAGCAAAGAGAUAAAUUGAACAUCUCGGCCGGCGGUCGAAAUGACGAUGGUGGACGUGGAGCGGGACGCCAGGUGGGGCGAGCUGCAGAGACUCAGGCAGCAAGGCGACUGGGAGGCGGCGCUGGCGGCGUGCUCGGCGCGCCACGACCCGCUGCUGCUGUGGCUGCAGCCCACCAUGGACAUCCUGAGGUUCAUCGGCGACGCGGCGCGCCGCCACGGCGUCCGGGACGUCAUCAGCGUGGGCUGCGGCUCGGGCCUGUUCGAGUGGCUACUCGCCAGCGCCACAGGCCUCGACGUCCUCGGCCUGGAGGUGAACCGCGGCUGGUGGGAGAGUCGCUACUCGCCGCCGACGUUCCUCCCGCUCGUGUUCCCGGACGAGGACGGUGACCAGUCGGCGGUGGAGGAAGCGCUGCGAGGACGCAGUGACUCCUGCCUCAUGUUCUGCUACUUUAACGACACGGCCGCCUUCCUGGAGUACCAACGGGCGUUCCGGGGACGGCUGCUGGUGGUGGCGGGGCCCGUCCACGCCAGCCACAUCGGGCACGCAGCCCCUUCCGCUCCCACCGCGCACUGCCACCCGCACCCCUUCUCCAAGGACAUCCCCAGCCCUUGGAAGCUGGACGCCUCCACGCCCAUCGGCAGCACGGGGGACUACGUGGCCGUCUACACGCGAUGAGAUGAGCAGUCCGCUCUCUCUUGACUCAGUCCAUUUUGCAUUCCAAAUGAGCAUCCAUCCCUUCAUGCAAGCAUUCGUCUGUGAUCUAGAAAUUCCCCGUCCUGCUGGUCAGGAUGUCAGGAACUAUCGCUUCCACUCAAAGACAAGGCAAUAUAGAGUUUUCAAAGUGUUAAA